AUGGAGAACUCAGGUGCAAUAUCGCCAAUCGACCGACGCAUGGCGAGAGCACAAGAAACGGCCCUAGCCCGAUUCUACGGUCUCCCAAAAGUGCACAAAGAGGGCGCUCCUCUCCGGCCUAUCGUGUCACUAAAGGGCACUCCAACCUACGGACUGGCAAAGUGGCUGUUCCAACGUCUCAAGUUUCUGACCUCCGAUUCGAACACCACAGUCAGCUCGUCAACGCAAUUCUUGGAGAAACUUAAAGGAGUAAGUCUCCUGCCAAGCGAUAUCAUGGUUUCCUUUGAUGUCACGUCCCUUUUUACUUCUAUCCCGCAGGACCUGGCAGUCGAGACAAUCGAACUACUCCUACGAGAGAAGUACGACGAAACGGAGAAUCGCCUCGGACACGCCCAAAUCAUCCAGCUCCUGAAGUUCUGUCUCAAGACGUACUUUACAUUCGACGGAACAAUCUACGAGCAGGUGAAGGGAACGCCAAUGGGUUCGCCGAUUUCGGGACUCAUAGCCGAGGCGGUCCUUCAACGGCUGGAGUCGCUGGUUUUCCGACACCAUAGACCGACAUUCUGGGCUCGGUAUGUGAAUGACACCUUCGUCGUCAUCGAACGGGAUCAGGUGCUGACUUUCAAAGAACAACUCAACGCCGUCUUCCCGGACAUUCAAUUUACGAUGGAGGAGGAGGAAAACAAUCAGCUGGCCUUCCUGGAUGUCCUCGUCUGCCGCAAAGAUUGUGGUGGCCUAAAAACCAAAGUGUUCAGGAAAGCGACAAAUACGACGCAAAUACUGAACUUCAAUAGCAACCACCCCAUCAGUCACAAACGCAGUUGCGUAAGGGCGCUAUACCGGCGUGUUGAGACGCACUGCAGUGAAAUGGAAGACAAGGUUGCUGAAUUACAAUAUCUUCGACGGGUAAUGAGAGCCAAUGGCUACCCGCGCAACUUUGUCAACCAGUGCAUACGAAAAGGACACCAGAGACCAAAUCCAACUAGCCCCAAAUUUUGGCGGGUUCUUCCGUACGUGAAUAACGUCUCGGAAGCCGUCAGUCGUCUUCUCACUCCACUUGGAGUUGGGGUUGCACACAGGCCGGAAGCAACCAUUAGACGCCAAGUAAUGAGGCCAAAAGACCCGCUGCCACGGCAGGAAACGUCUGGAGUCGUUUUUGGAUCUGGUGUAGUUGCGGAAAAAGCAAUUAUGUCGGAGAAACUGGGAGAUUACUCCGUACGCGACUUGCCGAGCACGCAGCAGCAGUGA